AUGGACAUCCCUGAAGGGCGCCAGGGACAUCAGGGCGCAACCAUGAGGGGGCCUUAUACUAUCUUGGCUGUGCUCGUGUUUGUCACCCAAGCCCAUGCGUUCUCCCCCGGCGCAGCUGCAACACGUACUUGCCGGAGAACCUUGGGUGCCGCCGGCACCGCCGCCCCGUCCGCUCGCAGAUCGCCCUUCUCCAGGACGAGGCCAGCAGCAGGAGCAGCAGCAGACGCAGAGGGUCUUCGGAUGAGCGCCAGCGAUGCGUUCGACGUCAACGCUGCGCUGGAAGAGCUUCGUGCAAGCGCGACCUCCGCGGCCCAGAGUCAGCCAACACCGUCUCAGCAGCCGAGCUUGCCGCCGCUGCCGUCUUUCGAGCUCCCCAAAGGCAUCCAAAUCCCCACGCCGUCGCAAGUGUUGGAUGCCAUCCCGAAGCUGACGUUACCGAGCCUUCCGGAGCUACCCGCGGGAGCGGCGCGGCCGAGCCCAGGCAACCUCUUGCCGCCCGAGCUUCUUCUGCCGACUGGCGAUACCUGGAUAUUUUCCCGGCUGUCAGAGGCGGCCACGAAGGCGUCGGAGUCAUCCCUGAACGCUGCCUCCAGGCUCCUGCCCCCGACCCCGGACAAGUACGCCCAGCUGGCGACCCAGAUCUCCGACUCGUAUGGGCGUGCCUCGCUCCAGGUAUCGAACGCCCUGGACACCCUCGUGGCGGCGAACCCUUCCCUUGCACCCGCGGUGGCCCACCUGCGGUCCUCGUUGACAGACGCACUCGCCUCACUGGGCGAGGCUUACGCGGCUGGCGACGCCUUGAUCCCGGAGGAGUACAAGCCCUUCGCUUCCACCCUGGUGAUCGGUGCGGGGGCGACGGCGCUCGGGAUGUCCCUGGCCGUCCUCUCGGAGGAAAGGAAGGUGUCGAGGGAGGCGAAGAACGCGCCGCUGCCUCGAGAGUACGACCUCCCAGCCAUCAUGAACUACUACAACUCGAGGCCACUGACGCUUCUCUCGAGGCUCGCGGAGGUGUCGUACCGGCUGGGCUCCCUCGCCGCCAAGCUUUGGCUGGACAGGAAGGUCGGCGACGGCAGCGGGUGGGAGAAGAACAUGGACUCGAGGGCCAGAGAGUUCGUGGAGUUUGUCCAGGGGGCAGGUCCAGCGUUCAUCAAGAUUGGCCAGGGAGUUUCGAUCCGGCCAGACAUUUUGCCGGAGCCGUACCUCAAGGAGCUUUCAAAGCUUCAGGACAGGGUGAACCCGUUCGAUUCCGGAGACGCCAGGAGAAUUCUCGAGCAGCAGUUGGGCAAGCCCCUCCGCGAGAUCUUCCUCGAUGCCGACACGGCCUUCGAGAUCCCCGUAGCCGCGGCGUCACUCGGCCAGGUAUACAAGGCGACUCUCGUUACUGGGGAGGUGGUCGCCGUGAAGGUGCAGCGGCCGGACGUGCUGGAGUCCGUAACGCUGGACCUCUACGUGAUUAGGCUGCUGCUGCUCUUCAUCGCCAAGAACGAUUCUACGAGGGAGAGCGCGCUCAGCAUCUUGGGGGUGAUCGACAACUGGGCCGACCGCUUCUUGCAGGAGCUGGACUAUAUUCAAGAGGCCGCGAACGGCGACAGGUUCCGCCGAGAGAUGGCGGAGAGCAAGACACUGGGGGAGGCGAUCCUCGUGCCUCAGGUCUACACAUCCUUGAACACGCGCUACAUCCUGGUGACGGAGUGGGUCGAGGGCGUGAAGGUGGGGCGGCCGCGUCCGGCAGGCCGCGUCCGGCAGAUGUGUGCGUCGGAUCGCUUCGUUGAUGCUAUCGACUCUUCCACGCCAGCCGGGCGCGAGCGGCUGAAGAAGAUCGUGGCAACGCUUCUCAACUCGUACCUGGCUCAGCUGCUGGAGUCCGGCUUCCUGCACGCCGACCCCCACCCGGGUAACUUCCUGUGCACCCCCGACGGGCGGCUGUGCGUGCUGGACAUGGGCCUCAUGACCGAGGUAGGAGAGGACCAGAGGUACGCCCUGUUGGAGUACGUUUCUCACCUCACCGCGAAGGACUACGAGGCCACGCUCUACGACCUCAUCGUGCUCGGCUUCAUACCCGAGGAGAUCGGCCAGGACCCGGAAAAGGCCGGCAUCGUGGCGCCCCUUCUCGCCACGGUGCUGGAGCAGCUCUCCAACGGGGGCGGGGCCAAGUCGGUGACCGUCGAGUCGGUGGGCGAAGAGGUGGAAGAGCUGGGGCGACAGUACCCCAUCCGAAUCCCGGCCUACUUCGGGCUCAUCAUCCGCGCUUUCUCCGCCCUGGAAGGGCUCGGGCUGCAGCUGGAUGAGCAGUACUCCAUCGUGAACGAGUGUUUCCCUUACCUGGCGAGGCGUCUGCUUACGGAGGACUCGGAGCGGAUGCACAAGAUGCUCCGGACCUUCUUGUACGGAAAGGACGGCCGCUACCUCAAGGUGGACCGGGUGGACGAUCUCGUCGACGGCUACUCCCAAUUCACCGCCCUCGCCGACGAGGCCUCCAAGGGUCUCGCCGUGGACGGGGUGAAAGACCCCCUCGGCCGCACCUCCCACGACCCGACAGCCGCCGCCGCCGCCGCCACCACCACCACCACCACCACCGCCUCCGCUGAAACCCCAACAUCCCAGCAACACACCGCCGCCUCUUCUUCCUCCCGACGGCGGCAAGGGCCACAAUCGCCGGCGCCGUUGUUUGGCGGCGACGGCGGCGGGGGUGCGCCAGCUGCGGUCCCUGCGUUUGCUUCGGCGGGGGCUACCUCGGUGGCAGGGGCCGCCCAGGGGGCGCCGGGAGGGGCGAUGACGGUUGCAGUGGACCCUAUCCAGGACCCGGUGGCGAGAGAUGCCCUCAAGCUGCUGUUUUCGAAGGAGGGAAACUACGUUCAGGAGCUUGUGGUGGAGGAGCUGGUCCGAAUGACAGACGCGCUUGGCCGGGAGGCUAACCUCCAGAUCAUCCAGGCCCUGAGGACGUUGACGGAGGCGCCGCUGUCCCCGGCGAGGAUCGCGCGCGCGCUGGCGGAGGCGCCGAUGAACCCGUUGCUUGCACCCCUGCAGAUCCCCGUCAAGGUGCAAUCGUUCGCGCUGUCUAGAAUAUUCAACCGCCUCGAGGUGGCGCUGGAACUUUCCCAAGAGGACCAGGAGAGCCUCAAGGCCCUUCGACGUCUCCAGCAGCUCCUGCAGGGGGGCAUCAACAACGACGGCGGCGAAAACUCGUCGUCCUCCUCCUCUUCGUCGUCGAGAGGCGUGGGCUUCCCCUUGCCCCCGUCGCCGGCGGCGCUGCUGCCCGGAGGCGGGAGCAUCUUCCCCUCGGGGUUCUCGUUGCAGCCCGGGGCGGCGGUGGGCCCGCGGGAGGCCGUGGAAGCGGCGCGACAAGCGGCGGGGCUGGCGUCGAUGAUCGGGCCCGGCGUGGCCUCCAUCGCGCAGAAGUUCUUGGUCCAGCUUGCAGCGAGGACGCUUGACCGUCUUGCCGAUAGCUUCGACGACCAAGGGAACAAGGACGGUGCUGGCAGUGGUGCUGGCGGUGCUGGCGGUGCCACUACCGUUGAGGAUGUCGCGUCAGGUGUCCGGGAACCGGCAUCAACACGGCGGGGGCGGUUCUACGCCGACGAGAGUAAAUAACAGAACCCCGAACACCCCCCACAAUGCUUGAGCGAGGACGCUGUGCAUUGAACGUUUUGGUGAACUUUUGGCUGGCUGUAUUAUCUGUAUGUUCACUCGGAAACGCGAAUAGAAACAAGAAGCCGAGGGGGGCGAAACACUGCGCGGUUUGCGACCGUCCUUGGUAUUUUCGUUGGUCGUUCCGUCAUGAAGAAGACAGGAGAGAGUGUGGCUCGGGCACAGGAGCCCCCUCUGUCCACAUUGCCGUUGUACAGUUUCAUGACGAUGUCGGAUAACGUGCACUCCACCUCUGCUGCUGGUCUUUGGCGAUGUGAGAUGAUUUCACCCACAAUGCUGGCAGCGGAGCUCAUUUUGACGUUUGAUGUAUCUUGGGUUAUUCCGUGUUGUCAAUGUAUGUUACCUUGUUUCGUAGAGGCUUGUGUGUUGCUGUUGUCUGCGAAACCUACAAGCUUUUCCCGAGGGGUCGUCGCAGAAAGAUUCCGGGGUCGAGGGCAUGAGCCCGCUUCCGACCACCACACUGGUUUCUCCGUUAAAUUAUACAGCAGAAGUUUAUGGCAACGAAAGAUGGUCCAAAAGAGCGUAGCGCAGAGCGGUGGCAGAAAUUGUCCGCAAGCUCAUCUUGUCAGCAUGUUUUUCGUGGAAAAUGUGCGCAUCCAUCCGUUGCCCCUCUGCAUCCGAUGUCCUCGCAACCCUUGUAAGGACCGGCUCUUUCGUAUGUUCUUAUAGUCCCUACGGGGUCGUAAUCGUCUAGCUCGCCUGUCAUCCGCGUGUGCUGCCAGCAAAAAAAUACCGGGACAGAUUUAACUUGGCGUCCGUUUAUGUGUCAGCUCU